AUGUCAUUGGGUGUUCUUUACGUGUUGGCCAUUAUUUUUCGCCAAUCUCUGGCGCGGGGUAGUAGCAGUUUUAGUUGCAUACUCUUUUUAGAACUUUUUGUAUACACCGUCGCCACCGAUGAUAACGAUGCUCUACAAAGGUUUCAAAGAUCUGCUGAAACUCAUGGCUUCAAUGUUAAGGUUCUUGGCUCCGGCGAAGCGUGGCUUGGUGGAGAUGUUGCGAGUUUUCCUGGUGGAGGGCAAAAAAUCCGAUUUUUGAAAGACGCUCUUGAACCACUUUCUCAGGACACUGAAAAAUUGGUUUUGUUUGUGGAUAGCUAUGAUGUUGUGUUCAUGGAUUCAGUGGAUUCGUUUCUUCACAAAUAUGAUACCCUACAGCACCGAGUUAUUUUUUCUGCUGAGAAAUUUUGCUGGCCACAGCCCUCCCUCAUGUCAAAGUACCCCGUCGUUGAUGAAAACGAGAGCAGAUUUUUGAAUUCCGGAUCAUUUGUUGGACCAAUUGCCGAUAUUUUCCGAAUCAUUAGCCACAGCCCUAUCGAAAAUGAGGAUGAUGACCAGCUCUUUUAUACCAAAAUUUUCCUUGACCUAAGUCUCCGUCAAGAGCUCGAUAUCGCCUUGGAUACGCGAUCUGAACUUUUUCAAAAUCUCAAUGGGGCCUUGGGGGACAUUAGGAUAGACUACAACGAGGAUACGGGUUAUUUGGUGAAUACCCGAACCAACACCCGACCCGUCGUCGCACAUGGGAACGGACCGAUCAAACCGAAUGCCUAUCCCGUCGUUCAAAUUUCCGCCUUCAUCGCAGCUCCUACUCCCUUUGUUGAGGACUUCUUUAAGUACCUUGACCAACUGAAUUAUCCAAAAAUGAGAAUUUAUCUCACACUUUACUGCAAUGUUGAAGAACACUAUGCAGCCCUCCUUGAGUUUAACGUGACGCGGGGCUAUGAAUACAAAUCUGCUAUUGUGAUUUCCGAGAGUACCUAUAAGACAGACAUAUCUGCGAAGAAUCAUGCCUGGUCCCUCUGCCUUGGCCACGAGGAUUGCGCUUUUGUGCUCACCAUCGACUCGAUGGCACGACUCACGAAUCCUAACACCCUGAAUCACUUGGUGCGCAUGAAUCGCAACGUCAUGGCUCCACUUCUCACACGAAUCGGCAAACUCUGGUCCAACUUCUGGGGCGCUCUCAAUCGUGAUGGUUACUACGCUCGCUCUUCCGACUAUGUCGACAUAAUUAACAGAAGGCAGAAGCAAGUUCAGCCCACACUAACCAUUCUCUCAAGACUACUCCAGGGUAUAUGGAACGUGCCUUUCGUGAGCAACUGCUACAUGUUCUCGAGGUGGACAGCACGUCAACUAGUGAAUCACUUGCCACAAGAAGAUUCUUUCCCAGACAUGACCCUGUCGAAGCUAAUUCGUGAAAAAAAUAUCUUCUUAUUCGUGGAUAACCAGGAGUAUUUCGGUCACCUGAUCAAUCCGGACACUUAUAAGCUGAACCACCUGCACAACGAUAUGUGGCAAAUAUUCGACAAUCCUGUGGAGUGGGAGAAGAAAUAUCUCCAUCCAGAUUACCACAAGUACAUAAACCGUUCAUUCAGUGGGUUCGAGCAGCCCUGCCCAGAUGUGUUCUGGUUCCCCCUUCUCUCAGAGCAGUUCUGCAGGGACAUGAUAGAGGAGCUAGAGUUUACUGGCCUGUGGUCAACAGGCAGCAACAUCGAUCCGCGGCUGGAGGGCGGCUACGAGAAUGUGCCCACCAUCGACACGCAUAUGCGUCAGAUCGACUGGGAGGCUCACUGGUUGCACGUCUUGGCUACCUACGUGCGUCCUAUCCAACGAAUUGUCUUUGAAGGCUACGAAGACUUGCCAACUGCGCGAAUGAACUUCGUGGUUCGUUACAAGCCCGAUGAGCAGCACAGUCUACGUCCGCAUCACGACUCUUCCACCUACACCCUCAACAUCGCCCUCAACCGGCCGGGCUUCGACUAUCAGGCAAGGGAAUGCCUCACUCAUCCUCGUCUUUUAAUUUCUGUUUCUUCCAACUUUAGUCUUUCAGGCGGCGGGGCUCGGUUCGUGCGCUACGAUUGCGCGGUGGUGCGCUCUCGCCUCGGAUGGGCUCUCAUGCACCCAGGGCGGUUGACACACCUCCACGAGGGUCUUCGCACCACCCAUGGUAUCCGCUACAUCUUCAUUACCUUCGUCAAUCCCUGA